AUGGCAAUAACACAUGAAGAUCCCACUACACUGGUGUUGAUUGAGACACGUGGGUCAGUUCGUAUUAUCACCAUCAACAGACCUCAUAAACGGAACUGCGUAAAUGGACCAACGGCAAGAGCUCUUUACCAGGCCUUUUUGGAUUUUGAAACAGAUUCCACGGCUUCCGUUGCGGUCUUGACUGGCGCAGGCGGCAAUUUUAGUGCUGGAGCAGAUCUCGCUGCUAUUCAAAAUCAAGAUGAUGCCAAUCCAUUGUCCUCUGAUUGGCCAGACACACUUCCUGGGCCUAUUGGCCCCAUGGGACCAACACGCAUGACCCUCUCGAAACCUGUAAUUGCAGCCAUUUCCGGAUUUGCCGUCGCUGGGGGAUUGGAGCUCGCAUUAUGGUGCGAUAUACGCAUAGUGGACACAACCGCGAUCUUGGGUGUGUUCUGCAGAUUACGAGGUGUGCCAUUGAUUGAUGGCGGCACUAUACGGCUACCUGAUGUCGUUGGGCGAGGUGUGGCAAUGGAUUUGAUGCUUACAGGUCGUGCUGUGAAAGCUCAAGAGGCACUGAGAAUCAAGCUUGCAACGUGCUAUCCAUCCUCGUACGAGACUGUUAGUGAGACAAAUGCCUUAGAACAGGCCGUUGCGUUAGCGGAAACUCUAGCAAAGCAUCCACAAAUAUGUAUGCGCGGCGACCGUUUGAGUACUCAUUUUUCACGUCCUAUCCGUGAGGCCAUGCUUAAGGAGUUUGAGCUGGGAAUGGAGUCAUUGACCAGUGGCGAAUUUAUGCAGUCGAUUGCUCAGUUCUUUGCCAAAAAAGAGACAGCUCGACUUUGA